AAUGUAAUGAGAUCUCAUCAAAUGAUUUCUGUUGGUUUUUUUUUUUCUUUUUUAAAGCUGAACUCUGAUUACAUUGUUGCAGUUUGGGGAUGCUAGUAACUUUUUCCAGAACCUCUCAGGUCUCUGUUUCUCAAGUUCCUUUUUAUUUUUUUCAGCAACCAACAGCAUAUUUUCCCUUGCCUCUUUUUUUCCUCCCUUCUUCGCCUUUCCGCGUGACGUGUGAGUGGAGUUCUGCCCUUGUCUCUGGCAGCAAAGCUUUGAGUGCAGGAGAGAAGGAACUCGUGCAGUGGCGGUCACUGACUCUGACCUGCCACGGGCGAGAUGGAUCGGCGGCGUUAAUAAGAAGGAGCCGAGCGCUUUCUGGCCUGAGUGUGUUGUGCUUUGUACUCUCAGGAGGGGGGAGGAAUCCAAGAAGACCAGGAGAAAGUGGACAAGUUGUUGGGCUGUGUCGCUUGUGGGCAAAGGUGCAUGAGAAGGAGCAGCUGAGGAGUCCGUUUGAGAGAAGGGCAGGAGGAGGAGCGCUCCGCUGAGGGAAAACCACCGCUGUAUCCCCCCCCCCAGCGCAAACAGGACAGGAUGAGGUAUCAAGGCAGGGAGGUGGAUGAGGGACGGGUGCGCCUGGUGAUGGAGAGCGCCCUCACAGCCCGGGACAGGGUCGGAGUGCAGGACUUUGUCCUGCUGGAAAACUACAACAGCGAGGCCACCUUCAUAGAGAACCUGCGGAGACGCUUCAGGGAAAACCUCAUCUAUACGUAUAUCGGCUCGGUGCUGGUGUCAGUGAACCCGUACAAGGAGCUGGAGAUUUACUCCAAGCAGCAGAUGGAGCGUUACCGAGGUGUCAGCUUCUAUGAAAUAUCUCCUCACAUCUAUGCCAUAGCAGACAACACAUACCGGGCCAUGCGAACAGAGAGGAGGGAUCAGUGUAUCCUCAUAUCAGGUGAGAGUGGGGCAGGUAAGACAGAGGCCUCCAAGAAGAUCCUCCUCUACUUUGCCGUCACCUGCCCCACUAAUGAUCACAUGCUGGCCCUCGGUGACCGUCUGCUGCAGUCCAACCCCGUCCUGGAGGCUUUCGGUAAUGCCAAAACACUGAGAAAUGACAACUCCAGCCGCUUUGGGAAAUACAUGGAUAUCCAGUUUGACUUCAAAGGUGCAACAAUGGGUGGUCAUAUUCUGAAUUACCUGCUGGAGAAAUCCCGGGUGGUGCACCAGAACCACGGGGAAAGAAAUUUCCACAUCUUCUAUCAGCUCCUCGAUGGCGGAGACGAUGACCUGCUCAACACGCUGAACCUGGAGAGGAACCCUCACAGCUACCGCUACCUGGUUAAAGGAAGCUGUCCAAGAGUGAGCUCCAUAAGUGACAAGAACAACUGGAGAGUUGUGAGGAAGGCCCUGGAUGUGAUCGGCUUCACCGCAGAGGAAGUGCAGAAACUGCUGAACAUCAUCGCCAGUGUUCUCCAUCUGGGCAACACUCUCUUCGGUGAAGGAGAGGAAGGAGAAACUUAUAUCACCACUGAGACCCAGCUAUCAAAUGCUGCAAAGCUGCUGGGUGUCGAUGGCUCCGCCCUGAUGGAGGCCCUCACUCACAAGAAACUCACAGCCAAAGGAGAGGAGAUGAUCAGCCCACUAAAUUUUGAACAGGCAGUCUCGGCCCGUGACGCUUUGGCGAAGGCCGUGUACGGCCGAACCUUUAAUUGGUUGGUGGAGAAGAUCAACCAGUCACUCGCUCUGAAGGCAGAAAUCUACCACAGCAGCAAAGACGCCUCAGUCAUUGGGCUUCUUGAUAUCUACGGUUUUGAGGUUCUGCAGCACAACAGCUUUGAGCAGUUCUGCAUCAACUACUGCAAUGAGAAGCUGCAGCAGCUCUUUAUAGAGCUCACCCUCCGAUCCGAGCAGGAGGAGUAUGAGACGGAAGGAAUUGCCUGGGAGACGGUGCAGUACUUUGACAACAAGAUCAUUUGUGACCUGAUAGAGGAGAAGCACAAAGGCAUCAUCUCCAUUCUGGAUGAGGAGUGCCUGAGACCGGGAGAGACUUGUGAUAUUUCCUUUUUGGAGAAGCUGGAGGACACAGUUGGCGGCCAUCCACAUUUUAUCACGCACAAGUUGGCGAAUGGAAAAACUCGCAGGGUGAUGAGCAGGGAAGAGUUCAGGCUGCUGCACUACGCAGGAGAGGUCAACUAUAAUGUCAACGGUUUCCUGGAUAAGAACAACGACUUGCUGAACAGGAACCUGAAAGAGGUCAUGUGCCAGUCAGAAAACCAGAUCCUAAGUCACUGCUUCCGCAGGGAGGAAGUGAUCGACCAAAAGCGUCCAGAGAUGGCUGCUUCCCAGUUCAAAAACAGCUUGAUGAAGCUGAUGGAGAUCCUCAUGUCUAAAGAGCCGUCCUACGUUCGCUGCAUCAAACCUAAUGAUGCCAAGCAGCCAGGACGUUUUGAUGAAGUUCUGGUGAGACACCAGGUGAAAUACUUGGGUCUGAUGGAGAACCUGAGAGUCCGGCGCGCUGGCUUCGCCUAUCGCCGUCGCUUUGAGGCGUUCUUGCAGAGGUACAAGCCCCUGUGUCCUGAGACGUGGCCCAACUGGAACGGAAAACUGGCUGAUGGUGUUUCUGCUUUGGUGAACCACCUGGGCUACAAACCAGAAGAGUACAAACUGGGCAGGUCAAAGAUCUUCAUUCGUUUCCCCAAAACUCUCUUCGCCACAGAAGAUGCCCUCGAGGCAAAAAAGCCAGAGAUCGCUGUGACGCUGCAGAAGUCUUGGAGAGGCUACAGGGAAAGAGCCAAUUAUCAGCGCAUCAGACAUGCAGUUAUCGUGAUCCAGUCUGGGUGGCGAGGGAUGAAAGCACGCAGGAGGGCUAAACGGCGCCGCCUGGCAGCUCAGUUGAUACGCAGGUUCAUAAAGGGCUUCAUCAACCGUCACGAGGAGUACUGUGACGACAAUGAUUACUUCCUGGAUCAUGUACGCUGCUCCUUCCUGAGACACGUGAGGAAAAAUCUCCCCAGGAGCGUUUUGGACAAGAGCUGGCCGACACCUCCUGCUUUGCUUGUUGAGGCCUCUGAGCAUCUCCAAGAGCUUCACAUGCGGAACAUGGUCAUCAAGUACUGCAGGAGAGUUCAACCCGAAUGGAAGAAGCAGAUGAUGCAAAAGGUCGUAGCCAGUGAGAUCUUCAAGGACCAGAAGGGCAGCUAUCCUCAAAGUGUUGGGAGGCUGUUUUUGGAUACCAGGCUUGAGCGAGAGCAAAUCAGCCUAAAAGUCCUCCAGACUCUCGGGAGUGAGAAAGUGCAGUAUGGCGUCUCCGUCAUAAAGUACGACAGGAGGGGCUUCAAGCCUCGCCCCCGACAGUUGCUCCUCACCAACUCCUUCGCAGUGUUGGUGGACCGGACCAAGAUCAAGCAGAGGUUGGACUACGCUGCUCUGAGAGGGAUCUUUGUGAGCUCUCUCUGUGAUGGGAUGGUUGUUCUGCGCAUGCAGUGCGAGGAUAACAAACAGAAGGGCGACGCUGUGCUGCACUGCAGCCAUGUGAUCGAACUGGUGACCAAACUGGCCAUGAUGGCGAGCAAGACAAACUACGUCAACAUCAGCCCUGGCAGCAUUCGCUUUGCCGUGUCCAGAACCAAGGAGGGAAUAAUAGAUUUCAUCAGAGGUUCAGAGUUGAAGGUGUCCAAAGGCAAAAGAGGACAUCUGCUGGUGACCGCUCCUCAGAUCAGCGCCACAUGAAGACCCAGAAAUCAGCAGGAAGAAAGUCAGGAUGGAUGAUGCUGAAGAUCAUUGUAUUUGGCACUUAAGGGCUUUUUCACUGCUUUCAGAUAAUCUGCACUGUUUUAAAUCAGCUCUAGCUCAACAUCAAAGACACUUAAGCUGCUGCAGCACUGUUACUUAUCAUGGCAUGAACAGGUGGAGCUCGGUAAAUUAGAAGAUGAUGAUAAAAAGUUGAAAGUUGAAUAUAAGAAAUUUUGAAGACUGACCACAAACAACGAUGCAUUUUUAUUUCUUAGGCUAGUUUGAAUGAUUGUUGCUUUUAUAAAAACCUAAGGUCCUUUUUCUCAGAAAAUUGGAUAAUUAAUUACAAAAGGGAUUUUUAAUACAGAAAUCCUGCAGCCCGCGUAGUCAUGGGAAUGACUGCUGACUUGGCAGAGGUCCAGCAAAUCAUGCUUAAAAACCCCAGGUUCAGCCACAAAAUGUAAUUUCUUAAGAAUCUUGAUAUUUGCAAAGGACUCAUUGGAAGGUUAAAUGGAGGGGAAAAAGGCUUAAAUGAGAAGAUUGUGGGACAAAACUCAGGCAAGAGUUUUGAAUUUUAAAACUUGUAAACAGAGAUUUGAGUUACUGAUUCAAGAACCACUAAACAGAAAUAUCCAGGACAUAAACUAAAAGUGUCCUAUUACUGAUGUUGAUUCACUGCUUUCCCAAAGACAUUAGAAAUACCUUUCAUGGAUGAAAAAGAGUAAAUAUUGAACAGAUUUCAACAGUUUGUGAUUUGUGAAAAAAAUGUUUCUGUUUUUGAAAAGGAGAAAUAAGAAUUAAUCUGUUUUUGAUAUUUAGCCAACCUUGGGUGGACUAAAUUUUAAGUGUUCAUAAAUACUAUUUAUUAAAAAAAAAUCUUAAUACAAAUUGUCUUAAAGAGUCUGAAUCAGCAGAAUAAUUUAGUACAGACUAAACUUCUCUAAAUUAUGGAUUUCAAAAAGAACUCCAUACAAAUAAUUGUAAAGAAGUAUGGAACAGUUUAACAAGUGUUUCAGAACUGAAAAGGUUUGAACACAAAGAAUAAAUGUUUCACAAAUCACAAAUUGUGUUUCUGAUAACCUGGAAUUAGUCCAGAAUAAUCAGGUUUGAACUGAGACUCUAAAACUGAGCUGCAGUUUCAAGCACAAACACGAUGCUGGUUGCAAAGGACAGAAACGCAGGAAAAUCAGAGGCAGAAGUGACGCGAAAAGAAAACCAGCAAAAAGCAAUGAAAACCAGUGAGUUCAUAUGCUGAGGGAACAGUGGAGAAAGACGCAAAGUGAAUCAAUGGCAGUCAAAAAGUAAGGAACAGCCGUGGAAGAGAGCAAACAGGCAGACUGAGGGAAGAAGAAGAAGAAUAAUGAACUGAGAACUGAGACCCAAAGAAAGUACAAACCCAGAGGGACAAGCCAGACCAAAAUCCAGGAGAAAUAAAUCCAAAUGCACAAAGAACACAAGAAUUUAAAAAGAAAUUCAACACAAUAUGGCAAACUGAUAGCAAUAAUAAUAUGUGGCAAGACCUUUUUCUAACAGUAAUAAACCCAGAGGUAAUUAGAGAUGAACAUAAAGAAAACCAAAAUUAGCCAUGGGUUGGUACGAGAUUUUCACAAUGAGAAAAAAUAUCACGUUGUCACAAAGCACUAAGAAUAAAAUGUGUGAUAUUGUAUCAUUGCUUUUAUGUGAAAAAACAGAAACUGCAGCAAUUAUUUGUACUGUUGCUAAAUUAACAAAAAACAUUGUUUUUUCUCAUUUUAAUAAUGUUAUGUGCACCAUUUAUUUAAUGUUAUUUAGAUUUUAAUACUAAAAUAUAUACAAUAAACACUGUUGACUUGUAACAGAAAUGCAUCUUAUAGCACUUACACUAAAAUAGCUUCUCUUAUUUUAAGAAAACUGAUGCAUUGCAUCCACACUGCUGGGUUUUUUAAAUUAGUUUUCACAAUAUGUAGCAUUUAUCUUUGUUUUUAAAAACCAAAAUUAUUUUCAAGCAGCCAAAUUUGGCUUUCUUGUAAUCAAUAAAGACGUGUGGGAAUGGAGGGUCAACACUUCAAAAUGCUAAAUAAAAUUCUGAUAAUUUUCUCUCGUUAAAAGCACGUCAAAAUGCAGGAACAUCUCUUUAAAAAUUUCUAUUUUGGUACCUGGUAACUUGCCAAUGCUUUGUUGCAUCAAAAAAAAAAUUUAUCUUGUUUUCUGUACACAAAUACAAGUGUCUCAAACCAGAGCCUUAUGCGUAAUGAUUGAAGGGAGUUUUGUAAUUGUUGUAAUUGUUUUUAGAUCUUGAACUUGAGCUGAGCAAUUUUUGUCUAGAUUUUUUAAAAGUAGUGAAAUGACCCUUUACUCAAAUGUCAGAUCAGAUGUUAUAACCAAGACUGAAGGACUAUGACUCCAAACCUUUCAUAGCUGUUGGUUUGCAGCCGCCUGAAAGUAUGAAACAUGUCUUCUUUUAUACAUUGAUUUACAGCAACUACUAUUAACUAUUUAAGUAUUAGAAAUAUGAAGUCUUCACUGUU